AUGGAUUGCAUUUUGCUAUGGGAAACUCGAUUUAGUAUUUGGUUAGCUGUAAGAAUAGCUUUCCCCCACAAGUUCUGGGAUAAAUCAGAACUUAUCAACAAGUGUGUUUCUCGUGGAGUUUUAAUCCAUGAUAGUCAAUCUUUGAUGAAAAAUGUCUGUCAUGAUAGUGAAUCUUCUUUAUAUGAAGAAGCUGCUAUUAAUCCUACUUGGAAAGCAACUAUGACACAGGAAUUUGAGGCUCUACAUGCCAAUCACACAUGUGACUUAGUCCCAUUAACAACAGGGAAGAAAGCCAUUAGUUGUAAAUGGGUGUACAAGGGACCUAGGAAGAUUACACUAUUUUCUUGGAUUGGAAAUUCUCUACAAGAUGAUGGAGUCAAUGUCUCUCAGAGAAAGUUUACCAUUGAUUUGCUGAAAGAGUAUGACCGUCUCAGCUGUAGCUCUUUGUCUUCACCUCUUGAUCCAAAUGUGAAACUCAAAUCAAAGGAAGGUGCUCCUCUAUCAAACCCCUACUACUAUAGAAAACUGAGUGGAAAAUUGAAUUUCCUCACCAACACAAGGCCAAAUAUAGCAUUUAGUGUCCAAUAUUUGAGCCAAUUUAUGCAAGGCCCAAGGGAACCACACUUAAAGGCAGCUUUUUACUUGUUGAGAUACUUAAAGACUGAUCCUAGCCUGGGAAUUUUCUUCUCCAAAGAUGGUGACUAUAUAGUGAGAGCAUACUGUGACUCUGACUGGGCAUCUUGUCCAAAUUCUAGGAAGUCAGUUACUGGCUACAUUGUUUUGCUGGGGAACAACCCCAUUAAUUGGAAGUCAAAGAAGCAGGAAACCAUUUCCUUGUCAUCAACAGAAGCAAAAUAUAGAUCCCUAAGGAAAGUGGUUGGGAAUUAG